AUGGAAUUGCACCACGUUUGCUUCGUUGGAGUGAUCAGAAACAUCAUAGACGAAGCUAAUGGUAUCAAGGUUACCGUCGAAGAUGGUACCGGCCAGAUUGACGCGAAAAGGUGGAGCCAAGACCCUGAGGACAUCGCAGCCAGCCAGGACGAAGAGCUCAAGAAGCACCACACUUCAAACUUGGCUCAGCAGUUCCAGAUCGGGACCUACGUCAAAGUGUUUGGUGCGCUCAGGGAGUUUGGUGGUGACAGAAAAAUCCAGUUUGCAUUGGUUAAAAACAUCGAGUCCUUUAACGAGAUAAUAGCGCAUCAUCUGGAAGUGAUAAAAUGCUACGCUACUGCCACCGGCAGGUUCAUAACUUCCAAGGCCGGUGCCGAAAAGCAGGGCGCUCCCUCGCUCUUCGUCAAGGAUACAGACUCCAACGAUACAGGAAAUCCAUUGCAAAGAAUUUUAGCCUUCUGCAGGCAGCAAUGCGCGGAUAAGGAUCCCAAUCACUUCGCGGUGCCAGUUCCAUUAAUCAUGCAAACCCUGAACCUCGAUGAGACAACUGUGGUAGACUGCUGCCACACACUCACCGAGCAAGGUUUCAUCUACCCCACCAGGAAUGAGAGAGAAUUCUUCGCGAUGAACGCCUAG